CGAGCAGGAAUCCGUGGCGAGUGUUAGUGUACGCUAGUACGCGGUAAAAUCGAAUUAUGUUUUAUAUUUAACAAAAUAAAAAGUGAAAAUUAGGCAAAUCAAAGUGCAAUUAGUGCGCUUUUUGUACUCUGUUGACCCACGUUUCGCAAGGCGACGACAACCAACAUUGCGUUGCUUACCCAGUGUGGGCGACAGCUGCCAACUUCUUGUGUGCAAUAUCAACAAUCGCAACAGCAGCAGCAAAGCGGUUAAAGCAAGUGUUAAUUAAAUAAAUUCAAUGAAUAUCAUAAAUGGUUAAAAAGUCUGUUUUGUGAUCAGCUGCAGUAGCGACAACGAUCUAGUUAAGCUGUAAAGUUGAAGUGACAAUUCUUAAAACAGCACAAAAUUAAGCAAAUAAUCAACAACCAAUUAAAAGUACUCAUCACAAGUUUAACCAAUUAGAGGCAGAGGGAGAUAAGCGGGCCCUAUGUGACCAAUUUCGGCUGGUGAUGCCGCAAAGACAGCAAAAUCAAAAGUCGACGCAGGUAUUUCAACCUCGAUAGUAACACAGUUAAAUCUUCCACAAAAUGGCAGUCAGCUAUGGCUGUCUCGCGGUGCAAUAUGUGGUGGUACCGACGGUGCUGGUGUUGGCCGCACUAUUUCGACCUGCCGGUAUCUCGUUCGUGUACCUGUUAAUGUUUUUUAUAACGCCCUUUAUCCCCAUCGCCAACAGUCGUAAUUUUAAAAGUUCCGUAGGUCCGUUUUUCAUCAUACUCAUCGCACUAUGUGCUCUACUACUGUUAUGUCAUAUAGUACUUCAAGUGACAAUAAUUGCAAUGAAGAUCGAGUCGAUCUUCGCUAUGUGUUCAUUUACGCAACAGUUGUUGCGGCACAUCGGCUUCAUUAAUUUGCAAAACCUACAUCCAAUAGCUGCUGCCGAAUGGCAUUCGCCGGAUUUGUUGGUUUUCAUCACCGUGGUGGCUUCGUUUGUAAUUAUAAAAAAACUAAGUCAAACUCCACCACCGAUAACUUUGCAAUUAGAAAUUGGAGAAGCAAUACCAAUUCCGAUGCGACCAACGGAUGACAGUAUAGGUCCCGAUGACGAAGCUUUCUUCGAUGGAUUAAUAAGAAUAUCACCGCUCUUCUGUCUAGCAAUGCUAUUUGUUAUAUCCAUUUUGCGGCCGUCAGCACCUGCUGGAUUCUAUUUUCUCAUAUUCCUGUUGAGUGGCUCGUACUGGGCCACCUAUAAUUCGCUGCGACGGGGAUUCUCAGUACUGCUGCGUUUCCUAAUGCUGGUGAUCGCGUUACAUUCGGUUUGUAUCGUCGCAUAUCAAACGCCAUGGGCCCAACACUAUUUGAGUAGUGAUAAUUUAAUUGCAAGAUUAAUCGGCCUGGAGCCAUUGGUAUUAUCGUCUUGCGAUCGCGAUAUACGCGUCAUGAGCUAUAACCUAAAAUAUAGCUUCGACUCCUUUAUUCUUCCUAUUUUAAUGCUGUUAACAUACUUUGUACUUGCGCUAACCGCUAAGUGCCUAAGCAAUCCACAUGUUUCGUUACGUCGUGACCAACGUCCAAAAAGUACUAUCGAACCGACUGAGACGACACCUCUGGUGAAGCGGUUACGCAAAAGUGAUGCCAGAGAGGUUUCAAGCGAUGAAAUUGCACUGGAAACGCGGUUGUCGCCCCAAUCGGCCGAUAUUUUUACCAAUACAAUAUGUGAUCAGAUAUGCUACGGCUUUAUAAGCAUUGGCCAGUUUAUAUACCAAAAUAGCUACAUUUUCACAAAUAUCUCAAUGAUGACUUGGUCCAUCGUCUAUCACAGUUGGCUGACAUUCGUCCUGUUACUGUGGGCCAACAUACUCUGGAUGAUUCCCAAUCAGCGUAAAGCCAUGAUGCGUUCCAGCCCCUUUAUCGUGUGUUAUGCUGAAUUACUACUGAUAGCCCAAUACAUUUAUGGCAUGAACCUGAAAAACGACGAAUUACCCUCCAAAGUUGACACCGCUGGCAUCAAUUUACAGCAAAUCGGCCUCGAGCGUCCACAAGACCAUGGCACACAUCCGUGUGUGGCACUAAUUGUGAAGACUCUUUUUCUACUUAUGUUUUGGGUUACAUCAAGACAGUUUUUCCAAGAGAAAUCUGAGGAAAAGCGUAAUAAGCAUAGAACACCGCUCGCAAUGGCACUCGAAACUAUCGAUUCAGAAACCUCCGUUGAAUCGGCACGCAAACAUACAUCGAAAUUUCUUAAGAAAAUCGGUGAUAUCGUCAAAAAUCUCUUGGUCCGCUUAUGGAUUUGGAUGUUAGUUUUGGUGAUCUUCUUGUGCGCUAUGACUGGCAAAUUUAUGACCGGCUUUCGCAUAUGCUACAUGGCGCUAUUUCUCUUCUUCUUACUCGUCUUCCAAUCAUCAUCGAAGGUGUGGGUUAAGGUGAUGUAUGGCUUUUGGCUAUUCAUCAUCUUCUACGCCAUGUCCAUGCUGAUUCUUAUUUAUACCUAUCAAUUCGACAAAUUCGAUCAAUAUUGGUAUGAGUAUUUGAAUAUAUCACAAACCCUACAAAACGACAUCGGACUGGAGCGUUACAAAACCAAAGACCUUUUCCUGCAUCUGGUCUCACCAACACUAAUCGUUGUACUAACAGUCAUUCAAGUGCAUUAUUUUCAUCGUCGUUUCAUAGAAUCGCUACAAGAGCGUGAAGUAACUGCUGAGUCACAUGAAGAAAGAGAUAGCCAAAACCAAGUUGAUGAUAGAAAGGAAUCUAAAUCCGACGGAAUUAGUAAUGAUGCUACGAAAUUGUUGGUUUCAUCCCUAAAACGUUUACGCAAUAUUACCAGGCAUUAUUUUAUAGUUUCCAAGAAAUUGUUCUGGCGCUUCUUGGAAUUACACAUUAUUAAAGCCGUUUAUGUGACAGCCUUUGUGUGUGCCGUUAGUCAGGUCUGUGUUAUCCACGUCAUAUUCGUAGCGCUGUGCGUUCUGGGUUGCAUAACACGAAGCUCUAUACAAAUAUUUAUCAGCCGCAUCAUCUCAUUCGUUGUGUCCAUUAUAAUAUUAGCAAAAAUGAUCUAUCAAAUUGGCUAUAUAUCACAUGAGGAUUACGACGUAAAAUGCGAGAACGAAAACGUCACUCACGGCAAUAGCGCGGUGUGGUUCGGUCUGCAGAAAGCCGACGAAACUACAAAUGGUCUGAUUGGUCUUAUAAAAAUGUAUAUUAUUUACAUGAUCGUUGUGACGUUGCACGCUGUCGUCAGUUUAAGGCAAUUCCAAAUGCGCGCUAUCUACGGGCACACAGGAAAGGGUCAAGCCAAAGUACUCUUCCCUAGUACGAAUCGUGCCAAAGCCGAAACAAACCUCAAAUCAAUGAUACAAUAUCUCUUUAACUAUGGCUUUUACAAGUUUGGCCAAGAAAUCUCAUUGAUAAUGUUGGUCACCACAAUUGCCUUCCGGCAGGAUAUUGUAGCAUUUUGUUAUGUUAUUUGGUUAGCCGUGCUAUUGAUGUUCAGUCGGAAGAGACGUAGCUCAGUAUGGGGCAUAUUUCAGAUGUUCAUUGCAUUGAGCAUAUUUGUACAAUACUUGGUGUUGCUCGGAUUACCGCCAAGCCUCUGUCUGGAAUACCCUUGGCACAAUUCUCGGUUCUCAACACCCAUCCAAGGUUGGCUGCUAUUACCUGGUAAUCUGCACUACGAUCACACGAGAAAAUUGAUUUUCGAUUUCAUUCUAUUGUUGAUGGUAACGUGUCAAAAGCGUGUUUACAAUAUCGAAGAAAGUUCCGGUGACAGUUAUGCCGGUGGCUCGAAUCGAAAUGUGGUCAAAGAUAUUGAGAAUUUGGGUCGUGUGCCGUUUGAUAAUCCCACAAAUGACUUCCUAUCGCAUGUACGUAACUAUUUGGAUAUUUUCAUGUAUGCCAUACUGUGUGGCUUCUUUUGGAUUACACUGGCCACUGUCUUUUUGGCUGGCACGAAUAUGCGUGAUUUUCUCACUUUGGGUUAUCUAAUUGGAGCUUUCAUAUUCUUGUGGGAGGGUUCCGAUUUCUAUCUACGUCCCAUACGUCAAAUAAUCAACCGUUGGCGAUGGUUACUCGCUUAUAAUGUUUUCAAUAUAGUUGUGAAAACUUGUCUCGAAAUGAUGGGUUGUCUAUUCUUGGAAGAUCUGACAAAGCACUGCUGCUGGCUUGUACACUUACUGGGCAUUGGCUGCUACUUCCGGACUCAGAUAAGCGAAGAUGAAGCACUAAAAGACAGCGAAGGUGGUGAAUGCCCGGAGGUGAAUAAAUCAACAAUUCUAAUGUGGGAUACGAUAUGCUUCGCAUUUCUGAUACUCCAAAUGCGUAUAUUCAAAUCUCAUUACUUCUGCCACAUGAUCAUCGACACGAAAGCGAAUAGUAUAUUGGCGACGAGAGGCGCUGAUAUUAUUGAGGACUUACGUCAGAAACAAAUCGAACAUCGACAACAACACGAAAAUGAAAUUUUGGUCAAGAUCAAACGGAAGAUGGAGCGUAUACGUGCAACACAACAAAAGAUGCUUAAACCGAUUGAUAAGCCCACACAUUUCGAUGAACAUGGUGCUCCAAGCAAACCGCACAAACGGAAAGAGAUUAAGUUACACGGACCUGAUGCGCCCGAUGCGCCUGUAGGUCCUGUUGUCGUUGAACAAUUAAGGCUGCCACAUAAAAAAGCUGUGCGAGCUGGAGACUACUACAUGUUCGAGGAUGUGGAUGACAAAUUUGAACUGGACGUAAUCGAUGAUGAGCAAGACUUCCUGUCGGAGCAGGAAAGUGAAAAGAAAUUGCAACGCCGUAAGACGGUUAUAAACACUGACACAAAACGCAAAUCAGAAUCAGAGGCAUCCACUAGCAAAGAAGCGAAAGAAGCAUCAGAAAUGGAGGAGAAGAAGAAGAAGAGUGAUGUUGUCGACUCUUUGGAAUCUGAAGAUGAUUUGGAAGCCAACCCCAUCAUUCGCCUACUGGAAGGUUUCCUCGUGUCUUUAACAAUUGGUUUACAUCGUUUAUCACGCAAUUAUCGUUACGUCAACAAGAUUAUGUCCAAUGAAAAGCGUUUGCUGAAGGAAACACAUGCCGUCAAUCUGCUUAUUCGCCCAUCAGCAAGCACAGUGUUUGUCAAUAUAAAGGGUUUGUCGCCCAGUGAUGAAAAUGCAGAUACUGCUGGCUCGAUUGGGUCGGCUUCGAUUGAUAUACAAAACGAAACGAAUACACGACCAUUGCCACAUAGUAUUACGAAUGUUACCGAUUUAAAUACCAUCACCUCCGACACCUCCCUACCAUCACCGUCACCGCCACUCAUAACCGAUACACAACAACCACAACAACAACAGCAAACAGAGGAUCCACAUGCCAUUAUUGAAAUGUCAGUGGAUACCGUCGACAAGCGAAAUGAUAGACAUAAUAAUGAGGAUGAUGCAAAUACAUCAAUGCAAAGAUCCCACAGCCUCGUCAUGCUUGAAGAGGACUUCACAGCGCGUGAGCAUCACAUCAUCAUCGAGUUUCUCAUUUCACUUUGGUAUGCCCUGCUCUCGAACACAGACAUCAUCUGCUAUCUAGUCGUUUUCAUUAAUCAGGUUGUAAAUGCCAGCAUAAUUUCUUUGCCUUUGCCCCUAAUGGUAUUCCUUUGGGGCACACUGUCAUUGCCGCGUCCAACGAAAACAUUCUGGGUGACCCUCAUCGCGUAUACACAGGCGAUUGUCCUGAUAAAAUGCAUAUUCCAGUACAAAUUGAUUUGGGCUAAUUAUAUUAAUCUACCAAAUGAACCAUUAGCGCCGGCGAAAAUAUUUGGCGUCGAAUUGAAUCCAAACUAUGCCAGCUAUGAUGUGCUGUUACUGUUGGUGUUAUUCUUUCACAGAUUCAUAUUGAAAUCGCACGGGCUAUGGAAGUCGGAAUAUAAAUUCCCACGCGGCACAAUAUCAGUCGAAACGACACCUGAGCAAGGGAGUGGUAACGAAUUGAAAGAAAAAAUGGAAGGAAUUGAUAACGGUGAAAAUACCGCAGAAGAUUUGCGCGCAGACGACUCUGAAGGCAACAUAGUAAGGGGCUCAGAUGGUAACAGAGUGGCAGACUCUAAUGGCGAGAUGGUAGGAAACUCUGAUGGCAACAGAGUAAGAGACUCCGAUAACAAUAGAGUAGGAGAAACUGAUGGCGUUCGAAGAAGAAGUCCCCGAGACAGUCGUGGUGAAAAUAACGAUAAUGACUCCAUUAAUAAAAGAGAGAGUGGAACUGAAAACAGAAAAGAAGGUGGCGCCGAACAAGAGGUUGAUGCACAAUUGAUUACAAAUACUGCGUUAGAAAAUGUAGAUAGCAGAACUCAAGCGAGCGAUAUAAGUUCAAUUGCAUAUAAGCGCCGUCUCAAACGUUUAAGGCGCGCCAAGUACCUCUCAUCAGUUCGAAAAUUCUUCACGAAUUUAUUGUCAAAAUCACGGCUGCCAGCGGAUGUUUACGCGCUGAUGUUCCUUUGCGAUUUCGUGAACUUUUUCGUGUUGCUUUUCGGUUUUACAGCUUUUGGCUCGCAACAAUCGGACAGCGCCGGUGGCGUACAAACAUAUUUGGAGGAGAAUAAAGUGCCGAUACCGUUCCUGAUCAUGUUGUUGGUGCAAUUCAUAUUGAUUGUGGUCGAUCGUGCUUUGUACCUGCGAAAGGCGCUUUUGAAUAAGAUCAUUUUCCAUUUCCUCUCCGUUAUUGGUAUACACAUUUGGAUGUUCUUCAUUGUGCCGGCGGUAACAGAGCGCAGUUUCUAUUCAUUGGCGCCGCCAAUUAUAUUUUACAUCAUCAAAUGUUUCUACAUACUCUUAUCGUCAUAUCAAAUAAAAUGCGGCUAUCCCAAACGGAUUUUGGGCAACUUUUUAACAAAGAGUUUCUCUCUACUCAACAUGGUGGCCUUCAAAGUUUAUAUGGCCAUACCAUUCUUGUACGAACUGCGCACAAUACUCGACUGGGUGUGCACGGAUAGCACAAUGACACUCUUCGAUUGGCUUAAAAUGGAAGAUAUAUUUGCGGAUAUUUAUUUCAUUAAAUGUAGUCGUCAAAUGGAAACCGAUUUUCCGGCCAUACGUGCCACAAAAAAACCAAUACUAACCAAACUACUAAUGGGUGGCUUAUUCAUUAUUGCAAUUGUGAUUGCGCUCUGGGGUCCCUUGUGUAUAUUCGCACUGGGAAAUGCUGUCGGUCAAUCGAAUACACCCUUACAAGUGAGCAUUUCUAUACGUAUCGGUUCGUAUGCGCCCAUCUAUCAAACGAACACACGUGAUAAUAUUAUCGCCUUCGAUGAGACAAUGUACGGCGAUAUGCGAGGUGCUUACAUUAAAGACAGAGCGGCGAUUACAUUCCUAAGCAGCUAUGAUGCUACUGAUAUUGCAGCUAUAAAGCUGCCAGGCAACUCGCCAUCACUGUGGAAUAUUUCACCACCUGAUCGCAAUCGUUUGUUGGAAGAGUUAAAAAGUAAUGGUACCAUAGUGGCCAGCUUUGCUUAUUCGAUUACACGCAUUCCGCCUGAUAAAAGCUUAGUGGGCACAGUAUCGAGUGAAAUCAUCUUUAAUAUGAAUGAAACAUUUGUUGGGCGUGAAAGUUUAAUAAAUAUGUUGGAAUCAAAUGGCACUGCUACGUCGAAAGCUGUGGAAUUACCUGAUUUGGUGCCCAAGUUCAUUAAGAUUCUAAAUUCUGGUGAUGUGCAAAUUGUGCACCAACUGAUGCCCAACGGCCAAUCUUAUCGCCCGCUCUCGAUUCGCAUGCGUACUAGCUCCGCUGCGCGCAUCUGGUGGGAAAUUGCGGACUUUUGCGAUGAUGAUUUCCACACGGAAUUCCUGAAGAAGCUACCUUUGGAUAAAUGCAAUUCCGGCAUCGUUUUGUAUACUUUUAAUGAUAAAAAGUUCCCAUCUACAUUUAGUUUUAUUACCAAAGGCGGCAUUCUCGGCGUGUACACAACGUUCGUCAUUGUGGCUUCCCGCUUCUUCAAGUCCUUCAUCGGUGGACAAAAUCGUAAAAUCAUGUUCGAAGAUAUGCCUUAUGUGGAUAGAGUGCUGCAAUUGUGCCUUGAUAUAUAUUUGGUAAGAGAAGCGCUUGAAUUUGCGCUCGAAGAGGAUCUCUUCGCCAAAUUGAUAUUCCUGUAUCGAUCACCGGAGACGAUGAUAAAGUGGACGCGACCUAAAGAGGAAGCGGACGAUGAAACGGACUCGGAGUCGAUGCGCAGUCGUGGUAGCCUACGUGGAAACAGAUAAAAAACCAACAAAAAUGAAAAACGCACUGAUUUAUUCAUAUAAAAACACAACUCGAAAAUGAUAAGUCUUAAAUUUCCAUAUCUACAUUUCGCUGCACAAUCAAAUAAUGAAUAUUUUUUUUUUUUUUUAAUAUUUGUAGCUAUAAUGCAAACACAUACACAUAUAUUAAGACUCUCUUUGUUUAUAUGUUUAUAUAAUAGCAUUACUCUUCAGUAUCAUGUUUCGCGCGCUUACAGGAUGUAAAGGGUUUUCCAAUAAGGCCGGGUAGAUGUUGAAAUGGAAUAAAAUGGCGUUUGCUGUGUGGCACGUAGCGCCGUCCUGCUGGAACCAAAUGUCGUCUAGGUCCAUAUGGCUCAAUAUGAGCCAUAAGAAAUUGGAAGGGACACCACGUCUACCGAAAAAUGGGCGUAAUGCGCGCAACGUUGGCGUUAAUGAACACUCAUUUUGAUAAUAAAGUUUUAUCAUUUGAACGUGCUGUUCAAUCGUGUAAAUUGUCAUGAUGAUUUGACAUAAACAACUGAAUAAUAAACAAAAGAUUUGACAGAUGUCACCAAAACAAAAUGGCUGCCACAGGGCGCCAAGAUCGACCCGCGCCAAUUGAAAAACCCUUUAUAAUGUUUCAAAAACCUAUUAUCCUAAGAAAAGGUGAAGUUAAUUCCUUAAAAUUUGUUUUUCAUAAAAUGUUUAAAUUAUAUGGAUCGAAGAUUUUCUUAGUUUUGAUGGUAAUUUAUCUUAAACUGUUGCCAGUUAAUGUAAAAAGGCAGUUUCUCUACUCAGUUAUUCUAAAAGUACAAUAUAUAGGGACCUUAGUUACUGCUAAAAUAUGUUUAUACCUAUGUAAAUAUGUGCUAGAUGUACCAAUGCUUCUUAGCCGAUCAUUGUCAUUAUUUUUAUUAAAUGGAAUCCCGAAAUCUCGGGACUCAAUUUCCUUUACAGAUCAGAAAAUGUUCACCUCUCAAAUUAUUAUAAAUUCUUUAAAUAAUAUUUUUUUAAGUUUAACGAAAUAUGGUUUAUAUUAUUCUGAGUUAACGUUAAAAAAUAUAAAUGUUUUAUGUCAUAGUCGCUAUAUCGAGAAAAUCUGGUCAGUUCAUCGCAAGCGGCUAAUAAUACAAAAAUCAAAACUAUUGUACUUUAAUUAGCACGCGAACUAUCAAGAGCUUUGAAAUGAACUUGCCUAUGAACCAAAUUUGUUUUCUAACUUAAAAUGCUCUUUCGGAUAUGCAAGCUUAUAAAAAUUAAGUUGGGGUUUCUGUUAUUAUGUUGUUAUGUUUUGUAAGAAAUAAUUCUUAUACUCGUUUAGAGAAAAAGAAUAUCCUUAUUUCACACACACUUCCUCUGCUAUUUUAAAUGGUCAUGGAAUGCCUUGCCAACAGUAUUUUCAUCAUAAAAGACUAUUUGCUCAAGUUAAAACAGUUCUUAUCUGUUGAGAUAAUUAAGCACCAUUUUUCUUUAACUCAAAACGCAGUUAUAAGAAUAUAAGAUUUUUCAUCUUAUUUCAAUUAGUUUCUUUUUUUUACUUUUUUGUUGAUUUCUUGUGCUGAAAUGUGAAACCCAACUCUAGUUGAGAGAGGUGACAUACCUAUAUCAAAAUAUGAAUGACAUUAGGUGUUUACUCGAGCCAUUCGUACAUAUAUAUACGAACAUUAGGGUGGCUGAGUAAAAGAAAAAUUGCUAUUUUUCCACCACAACACUAAAAUUUAUAACAUUUUAAGGAUGCCGCCAAAAUAUUCGCUGAGCUGAACUAAUUUUAAAAUACAUGCAAAAAUCGACUUUUGUUUUUUAAAUAAAAGUAGUUUCUGUAAAAACUUUUUUUGGUUUGCCAUUCAUUGUAUAUAGUCGCUCAAGAACGGUGUAACAAUGAAAAAAAAACGAAUUUAAUUUUUCUUUUUAUUUACCUGUCGAUAUUUUGACCACAAUUAAAAGCCAUCUUCAGGGUUGAAAAUAUAUAUAUACAUAAAUGCAUAUUUUAAAUUUUAUACUCAUUAAUACUUAAAAGGUCUGCACAAAAAUGUUAAAUAAUAAUAUUUUUGGAGAUACUUUCAAUUCGGUCCAUGUUUCGUCCGAAAUUUGUUGGCUAAAGUCUUAAAAUAUAGUUCUAAAUAACUAUUUUGUUCUAUCAUGUUGGAAGCACAAUAUCUUUUUUCUAUAAAGAGUGAUGCCACCUAAUGUAUGCGCAUAUGUCCGCACAUGACAGUCAACGUGUGAAAAGUGAACAAUUUUCGAUACGUAUAAUUUACAAUUAUUUUUGUUUCUUUUUUUUUUCAAUUUUCGAUCCAUAUAGUUAUAAGAUUUUUAUGCUAAAAUCAUGUUCGGCUUUUAUACUUUUCCGCGGCUCAUUAGCAGCAUAAGUUUUUGUUCAGUUUAUGUGGUUCAACAUUAAACAUAGACGUAUCACACACACAAAUACACUCACACAGUAAAACUCCUUAAAAGAACUGCCGUUAAUUAACGUUGUACACUAUUUUUAUUAAAAACAAAAACAAAAACAACAAAAAGGGGGGCAAAGAUAUAAUUGAAAACGCAAAUGAAAAACAAAGAAAUGAAAAGAAAGGGGGACUUUAAUAAUUGUAAGAUAAAAGCAACAAACAUUUUUAAGUUCGAAUGAUUUUUAUGUAAAUUGGCUUUUCAUUUUUUGUAGAAACAAUUAUAAUAAAAUAAAAUAAAAAAGAACAAAAAAAAUCCCAAUAGUAAAAAAACCAACAACUUCUUAAAAUAGUUGUGUAAAAACUACAAUAACAAUGCAGUAAAAUAUAGCAACUUAACUUAAAUGAAUAAUAUUAAUAAUAAUAAAUACCGUUAAGAAGUCAUAUUCAGGGAUAUUUAGCAUUUUAUACUGAAUUUAUGUUUUUAGUUUUCUAAAUGCUUGAUAGAAAUACAAAAUAGUAAAAGCAAGUAUAACAACAGCAAAAACAAUACAUAAAAAUAAUACCAAUGCUAAUAAAUUAAUAUUAAGAUGAAGAUGAAAAUAACAAAAAAGUAUGUUUAGCAGAAAAUGUAUAAUAGAAACAGCUACGGAAAACUACAACUAUUCACACUCAGUGCUAUUUUGUUUUUUUUUUUUGUUUGGUAAUUCUUUUAUUUCGAAAGUGCACAUACAGAAUUUAAAACUUUCUAAUGGCACUCCACAAAAUACACAAAAUAUUUUCAUUGCAUAUAAACUUUUUUUUCCUAUGGAACUGUAGCAAGCGAUAUUUAUUUUUGUAAUUUAAAAUAAAGAUGUAAAGUAAAAUA